ACAUUUGUGAGAAGUUUAUCAUCAAAUUGAUCGACAGAGAAACCACCAUGGCUGAAGCAGCUCUAAUCAGUGGAUUGCUUUCAAACUUGGCACCUUUGAUUAAGGAUGAAUUCUCGUUGUUUGGAGUUUUAAGAAGGAGGUUCAAAAGUUAUCCAGCACACUAUCUUCGAUUAGUGCCGUUCUUGAGGAUGCAGAGAGAAAGAAGGACAAGGACAAUCAAACAGAAAAUUGGUUGCGAAAGCUCAAAGAUGUGGCGUAUGAGGUUCGAGACAUCAUGGAUGACUGCACCUUUGAAGAUCUUCGUCUUCAACUCAAAAGGCGUAAUGCCUCCUCUUCAACCUGUAUCCAGGUAACCAACUCAAUAACCCAUCCUUUUAGUAGUACUUGGACACGUCUAAAAUUUGGUCACAAAAUUAAGGAUGUUCAAAAGAAGCUUGACCAAAUUUCUUUAGAGCGCCAAAAGUUACAUUUGCUUGAAUCUAUUCCUGACUCAAAAAUAGACAAGCUUACGAGUAGUUCGCGUGAAACCAUCUCUCUUUCUAGUUGUAAUCAAGUUUAUGGGAGAGAUAAGGAAAAGAAACAGAUAAUUGAUAUUAUGGUCAAUACAUCUAGUGUUAGUGUUGCCAAAAAGUUAUCUGUUCUGCCAAUUGUUGGAAUUGGGGGUCUUGGUAAAACAACACUUGCCCAAACGGUCUUCAACGACGAGGAGAUUACUAAGCAUUUUGAAACCAAAAUCUGGGUAUGUGUUUCUGAUGAAUUUGAUAUUAAAUUUGUGAUGAAAGCCAUUUUAGAAGAAAAGGCGGAAGCAUGCUCGGAAGAAUUGCAGAAAAAAGUUAGAGAAAAAUUGAGCGGGAAAAGAUAUUUGAUUGUAUUGGAUGAUGUUUGGAAUGAAAAUGUUGAGGCAUGGGACCGCUUGAGAUCUAUCUUGGAUUGUGGAUCAAAUGGUGCGUUCGUCCUGACCACGACACGAAAAAAAAAAGUGGCAAAAAUUAUGGAAACGAUUCAACAUUUUCAGUUAUCAGUGCUUUCUAACGACGAUUGUUGGUUACUCUUUGAAGAGCGCGCAUUUAUGUGUGGAACACCAAAAACUUCAAACUUUGUUGAUAUUGGUAAAGAAAUAACUAAAAAAUGUAAGGGUGUUCCUUUAGUUGCCAAGACAUUGGGAAGUCAAUUGGGCUUCAAAAGUGAUAUAAAUGAAUGGUGUAAAAUUAAAGAUAAUGAGAUAUUGGAGAUAUCUCAUAAUGAAGAAUCUGAUCUCUUGCCUAUUCUAAGGUUGAGUUACUAUGACCUCCCUUAUCAUUUGAGAAGAUGCUUUGCGCUUUGUGCUAUAUUUCCCAAAGAUACUAUAAUUGAAAAGCAGAGAUUAAUCCAACUGUGGAUGGCCCAUGAUUUAAUUCCUACAGUUAAAAAUCAAGCAGUUGAAGAUAUUGGGAAUACAAUUUGGCAGGAGUUUUGUUGGAGAUCUUUUUUUCAAGACGAGAAAUUAGAUCGGUAUAAACUUUAUGAAACAUGGGUUCAAAACAAGGCAAGUACUACACAUUGGGGUUUCUUUAGUCAUGAAGAGAAAAUAAAUCGGUAUAGACUUUAUGAAACAUGUAAGAUGCACGAUCUUAUACACGAUCUUGCGCAAUCUGUUAUGAAAGAUGAAUGUUAUACCUUGGAUGCUAAAAGCUCAAGCGAUGGUUUAGGACGUGAAAUUCGUCAUGUAACAAUAAUGGCUGAUAAGUUAGACAAAACAAUAGUUUAUUCUCUUAGGAAUAUUGGAGGGUUGCAAGGAAUAAUGUUCAAUGGCUUACAUAAUGGUGUAAAUUUCAACUGGAAAGAACCGUCUUUACGUGUCCUUGAAGGAUGCCGAAAUAUGCAAUAUUUGCGUUAUUUGGGAUGUCUAAAACAUCUUAGAUAUUUAGACAUCUCUUUUAUUUACGUACAAACAUUGCCUGAUAGUAUAUGUGGUCUUUUGAACUUACAAACUUUGAAGCUCAAUUAUUGUAUUCUGCUUGAAUGUUUGCCAAGAAAUACGAGGGACCUCAUUAACUUAAGACAUCUUUAUUUGGAGGGUUGUUGUAGAUUAAAAUAUAUGCCUAGAGGGAUGGGGCAAUUGAAACAUCUGAAGACGUUAAGCUGGUUUGUGAUAGGCAAGAAUGAGAGAUAUUGUCAACUCGACGAAUUAAAAGAUUUGGAUAUCGGCGGAUCAAUGACAAUUAAGAACCUUGGAAAAGUUAGUGAUGCAUCUAUGGAAAGAGGGAUAAGUAUGGCUAAAAAGACGAGUAUCAAUGAAUUGGAGUUGGAAUGGAGAUUUUAUGAAGAAGAUGAUGAGAGCAAGAGAACUAGAGAUGAGAAAAUUGGUGAAGCUCUAGAGGUUUCAACUGCAAGGCUGAAGACAUUGAAAAUAAGUGGUUACAAAGGUGUGAAUCUCCCUAAAUGGGUGGGAAAAUCAUAUUCUUUUCUAACACACCUUGAGUUUAUGGACUUGGACAAUGUGAAUACUAUUGCUAGUAGUAGAGAUGUCAUUGAACUAUUCCCUUUGUUAGAGGAACUUAUUGUUAAUUACAUGAAGAAAUUGAGGGAAUUGGUGUCACCUGGCUGUUGGAGUACUGGAUCAUUCCCUAAUCUAUUCACACUGUUUAUAACUGAUUGCCCAAAGCUAGGGGCUUUGCCACCGUAUCUCAAAGCACUCAAACAUGUAACCCUUGAAGGUGAAUGUUUGGAUGAAUUGUUAUAUAGCAUCUGGAAUCUUAAUGGUACUCUCACUCAUCUGAAUCUUAAUAGAUUAAAUAAUGAUGUGGAUAUGAAUGGAAUUGAAGUAGCAUUAUUCCCUUUGUUAGAGGAACUUUUUAUUAGAGACAUGAAGAACUUGAGGGAAUUGGUGUCUCCUACUAUUCCUAGUACCGGAGCAUUCCUUAAUCUAUGCAAGCUACAGAUAUCUUAUUGCCCAAAGCUAUGGGCCUUGCCACCGCAUCUCAAAUCACUCAAAGAUGUAUCUGUUUGGGGUCAUUGUUCGGAUGAGUUGUUAUAUAGUAUCUCAAAUCUUAGUGCUCUCACUCAUCUCACUCUUGGUGAUAUGAAAGAAAGAAGUGUUUUAUUUGGAGCUGGUUACAUGGCAUUAAUGUUUGAUGAUGAGAUACCAUCAUCGUCGUCAACCCUUGCGGACAAUAAUAAUAAUAAUGAAGCACAAUUACGCUCAACUUUCCAAUCUCUUCAAUCUCUGAGAAUUGAGUGGUGCAAGAAGUUAAGGCGUUUGUUUGAUGAGGGAAUGAUAUCAAAGAUUAGUGGCUGCCAGAACAAACAAUUCAUCAACUCUCUCACGGAAUUGAUUAUUCAAGAUUGUCCGGAGUUGAUGAUAUCAGUUGAGGAAUUUAGAAACCUCAAUAUUAAUAAUAAUUCACUACAGAGAUUGACUAUCAGCCGUUGUCCUAAGUUGGUGUCUUCAGAAGCGGACGAUGUUAUCGCAAUCCUGCGUUCCCUUCGAACCAAACUUGAAUUCUUCAAAGUAGAUAUUCUAUUGGAAGAGGAAUAGAAGAAGAAGAGUCAAUUAGAAGUGAUAACUUAAAGGAGUAGAAGACUCAAAAAGGAGGUAAGUACCUAAAUAAUUAUAUUCGUUUUGUAAUGUAUAGGUUUCUUAUUUCUUAUUUACUUGAAGUUCAGAGCAUAUAGAUAAUCUAUUGGAAAAGAAACAUGAAGAGCAGAUCAUAGUGGCCAUAUAAUCAAAUUUGGUAUGUAGAGCUCUAUUUCUAUAGUUUUUUUUUUAAACCAAAAAAGAUAAUUCUAACUUUCUAUUGUUUAGGUUGUUUCUUUCACCAUCUGCUUUCCAAUUUUCAUUCCAUUAUAUAUUCCAUUAUAUAAUGGCCAUAUUCACCGUAUAAUAUUGUUGGGUUUUUUGUUUCCUUAGUCCAUGAGGAAAAGCCCAGCAAAUAGGCUCAUCUUGGGCCCCCACUUGAUUUACUUAUUUGGGAGCAAUAUAAAAGGGGGAUAAAACUUCUUUUGCAAGAAAUAAGAGCAAAAGAAAGAGAGAGAAAAACAAGAAAGAAAAGAGUGAAAAACUUCAAGUUUCAGUAGUCUCAGUGUUUUGAUGAUCGAUGGAGUUCGCACCGUUGGAUCAUCCUAAUGUUUGGACAGCAGCUUCACAAGUUCUGGGCCAACAUUCUGGACGGUGGAGAU